AUGAAGGUCACUCUUCAGCUCAUCACUGCCUCCCUUGCAGUCUCUGUCGCAGCCCACCCUCAAAACGGACCCGGUGGUAGAAAGCCCAGCAGCACCACCACUGCUGCCGCUGCAUCUUCGACAACAGCGGCUCCCGGCCGAGGAGCCAUGUCUUCUCUGCCCUUCCUGCCAACCUGGCUCUUCAGGGACUCCAACGCCAACAAGUGCAUCAGCACUUACAACAACUGCUUGAUCACCAACUCGUCCAACCAAUCAACAUGCGCUUCCAACUACGCAGCAUGCAUUAAGGGCGGACCUUCUACUACCGGCUCUGCCACAUCAGCUCAGACAGCUACUACAACUGUUUCAAGUGCCGGCGGUCCUCCUACUCGCACCUUUUCCCGACCCUCCGUCUCUGGUCUUGCUCAGUGGUGGAGAAAUGAGCAGAGCAUCCGACGAUGCAACUACGCCUACUACGUAUGCCGCAGAAAGUCUGGAUCCACUCAGACAUCUUGUGCUUCUGACAGAACUGCUUGCAUAGCUUCCGCCAGCGCCACUGGAAGCGCCACCGCUGCGCCUACCAGUAUUCCGACCAGCAUCCCAACCAGCGCAGCGACUACCACUGCUACUGGAUCAGCAGCUACAUCAUCGGCCGCUUCUUCUUCGACUACUGUUGUCCCUGCAGGCACUGGUGCUGCUGAUACCGAUGCUCCUCUCAACUCUGACGAUCCUUCCUUUGACGACGCGAACAACGAUGCUGAUACUGCUUAA